AGUAGCUACAACAGUGGUAGCUUUUGCAUGGUGUUGGGCGAGGCUGUUUUUGGGGUUUCAUUAUGCAAACGAAAUGUUUUAAGUGUUUUUAUCUGGGGUAAAGCAAGGAUAAUGCCAAGGGUGGAAGGGGACAAAGAAAUCACGGACCCCAACAUCUCUUCCGUCCAAAUAAGUGAGCAAAUGGAUCCACAAGAGCUGCGUUCAACUGAUACCCCGACGAUGAGCUCUGAUCACCACAGCGAGGGUGAAGAAGCGGAUAACGAGUCUCAUUCGGACAGGCCUAGCAGCAGAACUUCCGAAGAGGAAGAUGGGGAACGCGAUGAAGAAGAUGAGAUGGUCCGGGAGAGGUCGCCGCCCCUGCGACACAAUCGCGGAUCUGCCCACAGUUGGAGUAGUGGGGUGGCGGGCACAACGGAGGACGCUACUCGGUCUCAGUCCACAAGUGCGUCAGUGCACAGUACAGCAUGUUCCACGAACGGGCUGUUCUGGUGGCUGCGACAAAGGACGCUAGGAAGGGGACUUUUUGUAGAUCCAGCCCGGGACAAUUUUAGGACGAUGACGAGCAUGUACCGCUCAAUGAACCCCGCGGAUUCGGUGAAUCUGAGCACAAAAACCCACGGUGCCGUGUUCAAUUUGGAAUACUCGCCUGAUGGAUCAGUACUAACGGUGGCCUGUGAGCAGACAGAAGUGCUACUUUUCGACCCCAUCUCCUCGAGGCACAUCCGCACACUGGUGGAGGCCCACGAGGACUGCGUCAACAACAUCAGGUUUCUGGAUAACCGCCUAUUUGCCACCUGCUCGGAUGACACCACCAUUGCAUUGUGGGACCUUCGGAAUUUGAACUCCAAGGUGUGCUCCCUGCAUGGGCAUGCCAGCUGGGUGAAGAAUAUUGAGUAUGACACCAACACUCGCCUCCUGGUCACCUCUGGCUUCGACGGAAACGUUAUUACCUGGGACACCAACAGGUUCACGGAGGAGGGCUGUCCGCACAAGAAGUUCUUCCACACGCGCUACCUGAUGAGGAUGCGCCUGACUCCCGACUGCUCAAAGAUGCUCAUCUCCACCUCCUCGGGGUAUCUCCUCAUCCUGCACGACCUGGACCUGACGCAGUCGCUGGAGGUGGGCAGCUACCGCACACUCAGAGCCCGCCGGACAACCCUCAGUGCCGACGGCUCCAGGACGGUGGGCGCCCCCCGCCGCGGCAACGACCCCAGCAAGGGCCCCGCCCAGUCCUCGCCGCGGGAAGGUGAAGGUGCCCCCCCGAGGAACAGCCUGGAGGUCCUGACACCAGAGAUCCCGGGAGAGCGAGACCGGGGUAACUGCAUCACCUCCCUGCAGCUGCACCCCAAAGGCUGGGCCACCCUCCUCCGCUGCUCCAGCAACGCCGAUGACCAGGAGUGGACCUGCGUGUACGAGUUCCAGGAGGGCGUCCCCCCUCCACGGGCGGCCGCCACCUCGCCCCGGCGUUCCCUCCGGCUCACACACUACAUCGAGGAGGCCAACGUGGGCCGGGGCUACAUAAAGGAGCUGUGCUUCAGCCCAGACGGGCGGCUCAUCUGCUCACCGUACGGCUACGGCGUCCGCCUGCUGGCCUUCGACGGGAGCUGCGGCGAGCUGACUGACUGCCUGCCGGGAGACUCGCUCCCCACAUCCCUCCGGGAGGUGCGCUCCAUCUACUCCCACAGCGAUGUGGUGCUCACCACAAAGUUCUCCCCCACCCACUGCCAACUAGCAUCUGGGUGUCUCAGCGGACGCGUCUCUCUAUACCAGCCUAAGUUCUAGACCCGGUGUCACCCCAACCCCGCCCAGAAUGGACAAUGGGGUUGGUAGUGGAGGGUUGCUCCAACCAGGUUCUCCUCUCUAUUCAACUCUAUCUGACUUUCCUCCCCAACUUUGAAUGCAUCAAUCAUUUGAAGCUCGAGAAAAUAUUUUGGAUUGUGGAUUUAAUUUUUUUUGUACUUGGAGUACUGUUGGAUUGUGGUCCUUUGGAACUAGGGACGAGCAGCCCCUUCUCUCCUGUAAGGGGCGGACUUACAAAACUGGAGGCCAAUGAGAGCAAAUCCGUGAUGUGGGAUGUGAGGACAAACUUCGAGAGGGUGGCUCUACCCCGGCAGUGUGGCAUGGGUGGAACAAUGGAGACCAAUGAAAGCUUUGUGUGAAGGCCCGGACACACCAAACCGACGGUCGGCUGUCGGACGUCGGUGGUGCCCUGUCGGCCGAGUCUUUCCGGUGUGUCCCGCCCAACAUGUUGAAUCGGCGUCGGAGCCCCCGGAGCCGUCGAUGAGAGAGAGAGCUCUCUGAUUGGCUGUCCAGCUAGCGAAUCAGUGCACGGAAGAAACGGAAGCGACGAAAGCAAGCCAUUCCAAAGUUACUAUCACUACCAGACAUAAUUUUCGAUUAGUAUUACUAAAUAGCGAGAGAACAAGGAAAUUGCUGCAAACUGUUUGUUGUGAGCGAGACAAUGGCUGCUUCUAGGUCCAACGCAAUGCAAAUGCAUUCCCCGGUCUUUCGGUUUCCAUUUUUUGAAAGACAAGAGUUAUUACCUCUCACGCAGGCGCAGAACGUACGUGCAACUCGGCCGUCGGCGGACCGUCAUUGCGGUGUGUUCGGCACAGCCAACAUUAACGACGCGUAUCGACGCGAGGCGAUCUUUGUCGGCGCUCCACGGCCGACCGUCGGUUUGGUGUGUCCAGGCCUUGAGACCAAUAGAGGAUGGACCUCUACUGGAUGUCCACUGUAGCCACAGUGCCCUCUUGUUCUUGGGCCUUCACUGAAACUCACCCUAUUGUGCAGCGAUACAAUCCUGUCUUUCCCUGUGAGAACUAAAUGUUAAGACGACUUAACACAUACACUCGGGAACUUGAUGUCAUUAAGCUAAUGUUCCAGAAGGAACUAUAUGCCAUAUCAGACCUAAAUAAUCUUGGGUUGGAGUUUUGCAUCGGUAAAUUGGGAAGGUAAAUGCCCAAAGCAUAGAUAUAACUGCUGACUGCAGUACCCUGUAAAUGCUUGGGAGGCUGGUUGAGUUUGUCAUACCAUUGAGAAAGAGACCGGCUCAGGUGCCUAUACUUUAUUAAACGAUUGGAAAUGCAAACAGCCAGUCUAUUUUUGUUAGCGCCAUUGCAUUGCAUGUUAAUGCUAAUUGUAGUUUUGUUUCUUUGUUUGAAUUGUUUCCUUCAUUUAGACUGUGUUCUUUUUGUGCGUCUGGUACUUUGAGGAAAAGGAACUCCUACGUGGGUGAAAGGUCGAAAUGUUGGCAAAUCAAAUUCAAAGGUGAUUGUGCCGUUUCCUCUGCACUUUACUCAGGCCACAACUUCACUGUCCUGCCUUGUUCUGACAGUGGAAAGGCCCCUUGCAUUCAUUUUGCAGGUGUGUGUGUGUGCAUGCAACAUAUUGGAUAACUGUCCCUCACUGCAGGAAACAGGAAGUGGGUUCUUGACGAUUAGCCGCUUAUAAAGGCAUUGGCUGUUCUGUGCCUCAGUGUCUCUCACUCUUUCCCACUGGUGCUUCUUUACUGCUGCUGAUAUUGCAACAGUUGAGAUACUCAAGUGAUAUUUCCCGUGCCCUACUCCCACUUGAUUCGCUGUACUCGCUUUGUAUUUUAGUUUAUGUUCAUCCCAUCAGUUGUUUAAAAAGUUGAUUAUUUAAACUAAAUUUGUUAAUAUUUCAUUGUCCAUAUUGUUGUGCUUCUGACACUACAAAACUGUUUCAGUAUUUCCGUUUUUUAUUUUCUGCUUUUGUAACACAUUGGCUUUAAAAAAAUGGCAUUCAUACGUACAGAUUUGUUCAUAAAUUGCUCCUACAUGUGAUUUAAGGGAAAGCAUUCACCAAUUUUCUCGUAUUUAGAAUUUUUUCCUUGGUAAAUUGAAUUGUUUUUCAAGUCAUCCCUUUAUUCAUGUAAAAACCAACAAAUUGACAGUGACUCGUGAGACUAGAACAUUUUUUUAAGAGCCACAAACACCUCCCGCUAAUGCAUGAUAUUCCAUCCCUGUGUUGAUUUAGCAGAUGAGAUCUCAGUUUUUUGGGGAUGAAACCUGGUUACUAUGUGCCAAAAAGUAAUUCUGUGGUUAUGCCUGCCUAAGUGCAAAAUUGCACUGUAGAAAUGGUAGUGCCCAUAACGGUACAUUUAUUUACCACUAGAUGGUGAAAAGGAACUUUGGAUGGGUUCCAACAGUAGUUGUGCUUGUAUUUGUGAUGAUUUUUAAAGCCAGUACACUACAAAUUACUGCACUUGUUUUUAACAUUACUCAUAAUUUUCUUUUCCCCAAUUUGUCCUGUGUUGAAAAAUGAUGAAUGUGGAAGCUUGGUUUGUGCAGCAACCACAAGGCAUUUUGGAAAUGCUAAGAGUUGUUGCAACUCCUGUCCUGCAUGACAAGGGGCAGGAACAAAACUUUGAAUUGAAAAUAAUAAAAAAAUGUAAAAUAAAAAAUAUACGUUUUUCAUCUG